AUGGAUGAUCGAUUUGCCGAAGAUGUAGCUGAUCAAUUAAAUCAAACUUAUGCUAUUAUACCAUUUCUUGUUGUCGCCAAAUGGAAUCGCAAGAAGAUUGAUUUUAAUCGAGAAAUGAAUGAAGCAACUUUCAAUCAUCCAGAAGCGAUUAAAUCGUAUCGUAGUUAUCAUGAUUAUUUAGAAGAAGCCAUUGCUACAAUUGAGAGAAAAUUUCAUGGUCAAGGUUUACUUCUCGAUGUUCAUCAACAUGCACAAGGAAACUAUACAAUGGUUGGAAUUCUACUAACCGGAGCUAAACUCAAUCGUAACGAAUUAUCUUCGACUUCGAUCGAAUUACUUAUUCAGUCAUCUUGCUCUCAAAAUCGAAGCGAAUGUAUUCGAGGUUCAAAAGCAUUUGGUACUUUUAUGGAAUCCAAAGAACUCGGUAUUGCUUAUUCUUCAUUGAACAAUCCAAAGCCUGGCAAUAAGACUUUUUAUAGUGGUGGUUUUAUCACAAAAAAUUAUAUUUCACGUAUCAAUGCUAUACAAGCCGAGCUAUCUUAUGUAAUGAGAAAUGACUUCGAUCGACGAUUUUAUGCAACAAGAUUUGCUCAAGCUCUAGUUGAUUUUAUGCUUGCAAAUGACUUAUUGCGAACUGAUAAUAUUACACUGCCACAUUCACAUGGAAACAUGGUGCAUCUAAGAGAUGUAUUCUCCAAUAGACGACAAAUAUUCAUCGUUACUUUUGUUGCUGUUUCUGUUCUUGUUGUCGUCGGUGUUAUUAUUGGUCUUGUUUUAGGCUUAAGAAGACCUUUCCAAAAUGCCAGUGAGGAAGUAUGUAGUGCCGGUCAUGAAACUUAUAUUAUAAAUGGUUCAUCGAUUUUGGGGAAAUAUUCUCGAGCAGCUGUAGCUGUUGAUAAUGGUGAAUGUUCAAAAGUUGGACGCAUUAUCUUAGAGAAAAAUGGUACAACAAUGGAUGCUGCUUUAGCAGCAGCUAUUUGUAAUGGUGUUAUGAAUACACAAUCAAUGGGUAUCGGUGGUGGAUGUGUUAUAACAAUUUAUUCAAAGAAAAGAAACAAAGCCUAUAGUAUAAUUGGAAGAGAAAAAGCACCAUUAGCUGCUAAUUCAACAAUGUUUGUUGGUAGAAAAAAUAUGUCGCUAACUGGUGGAUUAGCUAUUGGAGUACCGGGUGAAUUACGAGCUUAUAAAAAAGCUUAUGAUGAAUUUGGUGGAGGUGUAUUAUGGAAAGAACUUUUUCAACCAACAAUUCAAUUAUGUCGUGAAGGUUUUCAUGUUAGUGAAGCACAAGCUCAAGCUAUUAAAGAAACAACACGUGUUAUCCUUGAUGAUCCUGCAAUGAGAGAAAUUUUUGUAAAAAAUUCGAAUACAAAUGAAUUAUAUGGUGCUGGUGAUUUAAUGAAACGACCAAAAUUAGCUCGUACACUUGAAAUAAUAGCUGAACAAGGUGUUGAUGCUUUUUAUACAGGUGAAUUAUCUGAUAAAAUUGUUAAAGAAAUUCAAGAUCAAGGUGGAAUUAUAACAAAACAAGAUCUUGCUGAUUAUGAUGUUGAUUUUCAAGAAGCAUUAAGUAUUGAUCUUAAAAGUUCACUAACUGCAUAUACAACACAUGCACCUACAAGUGGACCAAUUCUUGCUUUUAUUUUAAAUAUUCUUCAAGGUUAUUAUGUACAUGAAAAUAAUAUUAAAAAAUCAACAACAACAUCUUCUUUAUUUUAUCAUCGUCUCAUUGAAGCAUUUAAAUUUGCUUAUGCAAAAAGAAGUGAACUUGGUGAUCCAUCAAAGAUAAAUAUAACUGAACUUAUUCAUAAUUUAACUUCAAAAGAAUAUGUUAAUAAUGUACGAUCACGAAUUAAUGAUAAUAAAACAUUUGGUUUUGAAUAUUAUGGUGGAGCAUGGCUAGAUAAAAUGACAAUAGGAACAGCUCAUUUAUCUGUUGUUGGACUUGAUGGUGAUGCUGUUGCAUUAUCAUCAACUGUGAAUCUCUUUUUUGGUUCAAAAGUUCUUGGUCCUGAAACAGAUAUUAUUUAUAAUAAUGAAAUGGAUGAUUUUUCAACUCCAAAUACAACGAAUAAUUUUGGCGUGCCAGCAAGUCUAGCUAAUUAUAUAGCACCUGGAAAACGACCUGUUUCAUCUAUGGCACCUUUAAUUAUAAUGGAAAAACAUAAUCAACGUAUACAACAAGUUUUAGGUGCUAGUGGUGGUACGCGAAUAACAACAUCUAUAGCACAAGUAGCUAUGCUUAAUUUAUGGUUUAAUGAUGAUAUUAAAAAAGCAAUUGAUUCUCCACGUCUUCAUUCACAAUUAUUACCACAAGAAGUUGUCGCUGAACGUGGUUUUGAUCAUGAUAUAUUAAAACGAUUGAAAGAUCGUGGUCAUAAUAUAACAUGUGGUGUUUAUGGUCGUUCUGUUAUACAAGGUAUUGAAUGGCGUGAUGAAGUCAAUCAAUAUUGGGCUAACUGUGAUAUACGUAAAGGUGGUGCACCUGAUGGAAUAUAA